GGACCCUUUUCAAUUCUAGUGAACUAGGAGAGAGCCAUUAUGAGAAGGAAUUGAUUAGUGGGUCCUAUAAUUGCAUCAUGGUCGAUAGUACGCUAUUGAGACUCGAAGAGCUAGGUGAAAGAGUCCAGUCUUACAAGAUUGCCUUGAUUUACACACAAGUUUUCUUCGAUUCUCAAAUAUCUUCAAUCAUUUAUA